UGUGUCUGUGGGAGCUAAAUAACAGUUGAAACUCCCACCUCAGGCCUUCAUAAUCCUGGAAUGAACUGCAGCAACUGUGCUGCUCCGAAGGACACAAUAAGCAGUCGGGAGCAGGAAAUACUGCUAGUAAUCCUUCCCUGCAUGCCCUUCCUGCUGCAGACCACGGGAACAUGAAGGUUGUUUCUCUCCAGGUCCUGUUUGUGCUGAGGGUCCUGUGCCUGGUGGCCCGGGCUGGAGGGCAACCUAAAGCACCUCUGAAGUGUUCAACUGAGUGUGGUGGUUUUGCAUCUGGCAUAGCAGCAAAUCGGAUAAGGAGCUACCGCAGGACUGAGCCCCGCUGCACCAAACAAGCCAUCAUAUUUAUUACUCUGAAGUCUGUAGAGAUUUGUGCAGAUCCAGAGGCGAAGUGGGUGAAGAAGAUUGUAGAGAAACUGGACCAGAAAAAGGCUGAAGCCUCCCUGCUUUCACAUGGUGCCACCUCGGCAGCAGCUCCAGAAGAGCCUGGUAUUUUUCAGAAACAUGUUGGCCUUACAGUAACAGCUCCAUCUCAGGCUACUGCCCGCUCUGAAGUCAGUCCAGAAUCAAACAGAGAUUCCUUAAAAUCUCCUGCACCUUCAACAACUUCUUCAAUAGGCAUUGUCUCCAACCAGCCCACCCCAUUCCACAAGGCUCUUGUGCAUGGUUUUGACAAUGCUGUAGGCUCCACAGAAGAACCUGUAGGACAUACUGCAAAUGCUAUGUCUGAUGUUCAAGACGUGAUUUCUCCUAGCUCGAAUUCAGAUCCCAUGGCCAUUUCUAAAGGAUCAGACCACCCUGUACUUCCUACAGAUGAAUUCCUGGAUCCUGCAACUGCAAAAACCAAUACACCAGAUGCUGAUUAUAGGGGUUCAGAUCCCCCCUCCAUCCUGGACAGCAUGGAAACUGCUUCAGUUCCUACUCUAAACUCCAUAACUACCACAGACAAAGGUCCUUCCGUCUAUACCAACAGGAUUUUCAGUUCCUCUGUAGGUGCUUUUGGUACCACAACAUUUGAUUAUUCAUCGCCUGUAGGAAAGCAAAAGCCUUCAGAUAUGUUGAUUUUCACUAGUCAAGCAUUCUUAGGCCAAGCCAGAGUGCAGAUGACUACAGAAAGGACGAAUGCUCUGCCUCUUCCCACCUUCUUGUCAACAUCUCAAAUGCAUUUCGUCAUUCCAGUUUCUGUGGUGUGCAGUCUGAUGGUUUGCAGUGUUGCUGCUUUAUGGCUGUAUCUAAAAUUUGGAGUCGUAACAGAAGAAGUGUCAAGAGAAAUGGUGCAGGGCUUGCUUUACGUGCAGGAGAGACAUCAAAAUAAUAUCUAUCCAAUGGAAGUAAUCUGAAUGCUUUACAGCAUGGAUAUUUUUGGUCCAAACCGUGUGUUGCUGCAGAUAAGUUAAGUUUAUAUUGAGCUGGUGACCAGCAGGAAAGAAAGCAGGAAAUAAAAAUACCAGAGAAAACUGAUUUAUUUUUUUUCCCCAGAGCAGAAUGUAAAAAAAAAAUAAUCUUUGACUAAUUUUGGAAAUAAAUUAGACCCUUUUUCCUUCUGGCACUGCUACAAAGACUGUUGCUGUUCUAGAGCUGCAUAGUGGCUCUUUGCCAGGUGGUGGGCAGAUGUGACUUUCCAAAUCACUGUUGGGGAUUUUCCUGCAUUUCACCAUGGCCCAGCUGAGAAGACAUUGACUCACUCAUGCUGCUGGGCUCAGGCUCAGCCACCUUGGGUAAUUUUAACACCAAACACACAUAACUUGCCCUUAACAAACCCUCUGCAGCUGCUUUCUUUGCACUUCAUUGACUUCUUGGUCAGACCAAGAUUGAUGCCUGUGGUCAGCUGGGUGCUGGCUCUCCUUUGGCUAAUCAAAUAGUCCCUUUACUCUUGCUGGAGACAAGAAGGGUGGCCUAGCUUUUCAGACUGAGGUGAUGAAAACUGCAUCUGAUUAGGGGAUUGAAGGUCUGCGCUUCAUGUUCAGAUUUAAUGUUCAGAGGAGCUGCCAACCCACAGUGUAUCUCCUUGGAAUCAGGCCACCUUUCUUGCUAA